AGGAACAAAGGUGCGACUUAUCUUCCAAGCCGGCGUGCCUCCAAAAGAGCCUCUCGCUGAAUGCCAAAGCCAAAGCCGCUGGCGCAAAUCUGCAACUGCAAUGUCACAUCAAUAUAAUAAUCCAUUCGAACAGAUCCAUCCAUCCCAACACCGGAACACCUUCGUUUUUGGAUCAGAUAGAGAUUGCUCAUCCAUCGUUCGUUGCAUUGCAUUACAUUACAUUGCACCAUGGUAUCUCCUAGAAAGCGACGAGCCAAAGCCAAGAGCGCCCCUGUGGAGGAGAAGGAGGACGUUCCGUUUGAACCCGACGAUGACGAAGAAGAAGAAGACGAUUUCAUUCCGGGUCAAGAUGACGAUGAUGACGACGUUGGGGACGAGGAGGAGGAGGACGAUGUCGCGGGCAUUUUGGAAGGGCACUUGUAUUACGACGACAAGGAUGAAACAUUGCACUACCAAGGGGACUCGUUUCAUUUGAGCACUCGUCUCAACAACAACAAAGAUGAAAUUUGGAAUCCGCUGUGCGAUCCACCGCCGUCGAGUAACAUGGCAACCUACCAAAUGAAGGGCACCAUUCAACCUCCUGGGCACAGCAAUAGUAGUAGUAAGGAUGAAACACCCUCCAAAUUGCCACUUCGAAUAUUCGACGUGACGUGGACCAUUCAACACGAUGGAGCACCACUGCCGGGCCAUGAAAAGAAGAAUUGUCCCGGCAAGACGUGUUUUUCCGAAGACGAUGACAGUGACGAUGACGACGAGGAGGAGGAGGAUGGCAAGAAGCAAAAGGCCACUCCUCACAAACGACCCGCACUGUUUUACGGUGUCGUGGGACGAGAAGUUGCCAGUACCGCCGAAAAUGUUCUCAUUACCUUUCAAGGAGGAUUUUAUCCCCUUCCGACAUCACAAAAAGGCAAAAAGGAAGAAGAAGAAGAAGAAAAGCCAGCAGCAGCCGACAAAACCAACAGUGUCCCACUCAAUUGUCAAUUCCAAUACGUCUUGGCCGAUACUACUACCGCAGCAACAACAACCACAACUGCUGCCGCUUCUCCAGCUGCAGCCGCCAAAGCUCCACCCGCGGCAGCAGCAGCCGCCAAAGCGCCCGACGACGAGGAUGACGAUGACGAAGCCGAUGAAGCCAUGGGAUACGACGAAUUGAUUGCGCUUCAUGAAGAUGCCGGAAUGAACGUCGAAGAUUUAAAGAGGCGAUAUCAACAAAAAAACAAAAACAAUGAUGAUGAUGAUGAACCAUCCAAUAAGAAAUUCAAAGCAGCUCCCAAAGAUGACGACGACGAUGAUGACGAUGUGGGAUUCUGAAUGUUGAUGUACUGAUUGUAUAUCUAUUCUGACGGGGGUUAUAAUAACAUUGACUUGUAUGUACCGGUAUGUAUGUAAUUGGAUUCUGACUGCUACCACCAAAGCUCCAGAAUACCAUUAUUAUAGUAGAUAUGACACUUCUGAACUCACUCACUCAAUCACUGACUAU